GUGCAGCCGAUUGCUUCCUCUCAAAUUUCCAGCUGUAAGAGCUGCUUCUCACCAGAAUUAUCACCGUUAAAGAUCGUUACUGCGAAUGUGCAUGCGACGGCGAAGAACAGGAACAAGCAUACCGCCGUUUUAUGGGUGAGAUCGAGCUUGGAAACCACGGGCGCGACGGUGGGCGAGGUUACCGAAGUUACCAAGGACACUUUUUGGCCUAUCGUCAACGCCGCCGGAGAUAAAACCGUCGUCCUGGAUAUGUACACCCAAUGGUGAGGUCCUUGCAAAUUGAUGGCCCCCAAGUUUCAAGAAUUAUCUGAGAAGUUCCUUGAUGUUGUCUUCCUAAAGCUUGAUUGCAAUCAAGAAAACAAGCCACUGGCAAAGGAACUUGGCAUUAAGGUGGUUCCUACUCUCAAGAUUCUAAAGGACAAGAAGAUUGUAAAAGAGAUCACCGGCGCUAAAUUUGAUGACUUGGUGCUUGCCAUUGAGACUGUCCAUUAAUUCAGCUAACUUCCCUACGUAAAAUGUUCCACAACACAAAGAAGAAUACCUGUUUUAUUGUACUUGUAUGUAUCCAUUGUGUAAUUAAUUUGUGCAGAAGUUAACGUUGGGAGGAGGAUGGGAACAGCAUCCUGCUUCUGGUAAGGCAGAAGUUUGGAAUUCUCUGUUUGUUGUCUAAUAAGAUGUAAAUGUCAAA